AUGGAUGCCUACAGCCGCCAGUUGAACGACCAAGUGUUUGUCAAUUUCCGAGGAGAUGAGCUGCGGUCCGGUUUCAUCAGCCAUCUCGUGGAAGCUCUCCAGAGACAUGGGAUCAAUGUUUUCAUUGACAAACACGAGAGAAUCGGCGUAGAUCUCACCAAUCUCUUCGCGAGGAUCGAGGAGUCGAAGAUAGCAUUAGUCAUAUUCUCCAGGAGGUACACGGAGUCCAGAUGGUGUUUAGACGAGCUCGUUAAAAUCAAGGAACGUACUGAUCAAGGACUGCUCAAGGUCAUUCCUAUCUUUUUCAAAGUGGAACCAAUCACCGUGAAAAAGCUUAGGGGAGCAUUCGGUGAUCAGUUCAGGGAUCGAGAGUGGGAAUAUCGGUGUGAUAAACCAAGAACAGAUAGAUGGAAAGAAGCUUUAGCAUCUGUGUCCCGUAAGAUUGGUCUGACCUUUGACAAGAAAAGUAAAGAAAGCAAAUUCGUCAGGAUAAUUGUCAAGGAGGUCAAGAAAAUGCUACAGGGGAAUCUUGGGGACUUUCCAUUAUCAGGAGGAAUUAGAGAUACUGCUUCUCUAGGAGGUGAGAGAUCCAACCAAGAAUCGGUUGACCUACACAGAGAGAGCAUUAGUCUAGUGCAAUCAAACUCUACCAUUGCAAACAAACUUGAUGUGGUUACCCAGUAUUACAUUGACGUCGAAAGUCAGAACAGCAUUCUAAGGGUUGAGUUCGUUGAGCUUACCGAGAGGCUGCGUUCAUUAAACUCAAUCAUCGAAGUGGUGGAAGACGUCGUUGGAAAUCUUAAUCCUGAAUUUCCAGAGAUUCCUGAUUUUCUGAUGAACCCUUGGCAAAUGUCCAACUCUUCACAACCAAUCAUGGCCUCCGCUGAGAUGAUGUUUCAUUACUGAUAUUUACUAGUAUCUGGUUUGUUGGGUCUUCCUUAAUCAAUCACAUUC